CCGCGCCGCCGCCGCCGCGCCCCGAGGUGUCGUAUCCCCCCCCCCCCCGUCCCCCCCCCUUCCCCAGCAUCAUGGCCUCCCACUGGCUGCUGGCUCUCGCCUCGCUGCUGGCCCUCGCCACCGCUGCCACCACCCCGGGGUCCUCGUGGAGCGCCGUGCCCCGAAAAACUGUCCCCUACGUGGAGCUGAAGGACGCGGCCAAGCGCUUCUCGCAGGGGGGGGUCUCGCAUUACCUGACGCUGACGCUGGACGAGGCCGAGGCGCUGCUCUACGUGGGCGCGCGCGAGGCCGUCUUCGCCCUGGCCACCGGCACCGUGGAGCUCAAGGCGGCGAUCUCCUGGGAAGCCCCUGUGGACAAGAAAGCUGAGUGUAUCCAAAAGGGCAAGAACAACCAGACUGACUGCUUCAACUACGUGCGCUUCCUGCAGAGCUACAACAGCUCUCACCUCUACGCCUGCGGCACCUACGCCUUCCAGCCCAAGUGCACCUACAUCGAACUGUCCGGCUUCACCCUGGACCAAGUGGCUUUUGAGGAUGGCAAGGGCAAGUGUCCGUACGACCCCACCAAGGGCCACACCGGCCUCAUCGUGGAUGGGGAGCUGUACUCAGCCACCUUCAACAACUUCCUGGGCACGGAACCCGUCAUCCUCCGCAACCUGGGCCCCCACUACUCCAUGAAGACGGAGUAUCUCACCUCCUGGCUGAACGAGCCCCACUUCGUGGCUUCGGCUUACGUGCAGGAGAGCGCGGCCAGCAGCACCGGGGACGACGACAAGGUUUACUUCUUCUUCAGCGAGCGGGCAGUGGAGUACGACUGCUACGCGGAGCAGGUGGUGGCCCGCGUGGCGCGGGUCUGCAAGGGGGACGUCGGCGGUGCUCGCACGCUGCAGAAGAAGUGGACGACGUUCCUGAAGGCUCGCUUGGUGUGCUCGGCGCCCGAGCAGCAGCUCCAUUUCAACCGCCUCCAGGCCGUCUUCACCCUGCCGGGGGCCGAUUGGCAGGACACCACCUUUUUCGGGGUCUUCCAGGCUCGCUGGGGGGACGUGGAUGUCUCGGCGAUUUGCCGCUACCACAUCCUGGAGGUGAAGAAGGCAUUCGAGGGGCCCUACAAGGAAUAUCGGGAGCAGGCGCAGAAGUGGGGCCGGUAUUCGGAUGAGGUGCCGAGCCCCCGUCCCGGCGCGUGCAUCACCGACUGGCACCGCCAGAACGGCUUCGCCAGCUCCCUCGAGCUGCCCGACAACACCCUCAACUUCGCCAAGAAGCACCCGCUGAUGGACGAGCCCAUCCUGCCCCACCGCGGGCGCCCGCUGCUCCUCAAGAAAGACGCCAACUUCACCCAGCUGGUGGUAGACAGAGUGCUGGGGCUGGACGGCGCCGUCUACGAGGUGCUUUUCAUCGGCACAGGUGAUGGCUGGGUGCACAAGGCGCUGAACUUGGGCGCUCGCGUCCAUCUGGUCGAGGAGCUGCAGGUUUUCGAGCCGGCGCAGCCCGUGGAGAGCCUGGUCCUGGCCGGGCGGAAGAAGCUGCUCUUCGCCGGCUCCCGUUUCCAGGUGGCCCAGUUGCCCCUGGCUGACUGCGGCCGCUACCAGUCGUGCACGGACUGCGUCCUCGCCCGGGAUCCCUACUGCGCCUGGAGCCACAACGCCAGCCUCUGCGUCCGCACCGACGGCCUCAACGGCUCCCAACUGGUCCAGGACAUGCUGAGCUCCGACACCCGCGCCUGCACCCUGCCGCAGGUGGCCAAGCAAGGACCCAUCACCCCUAAAAACGUGACGGUGGUGGCGGGGACCGACUUGGUGCUGACGUGCCGUUUGGGUUCCAACCUGGCGCAAGCGCUGUGGACUUUCGAGGGUCGGGCGCUGGCGGCCGAGCAGGCGCUGGUGCUGCACGACGCCCGGCUGCGGGCGCUGGUGGUGCCGGGAGCCGGGGCGCAACACAGCGGCACGUACCGCUGCUUUUCGGAGGAACAGGGCGCCCGGUUGGGCGGCGAGGUGUACCGCGUGGCGGUGUUAGCUGGGGCCGGGGUGCCGUUGGAGACGCGGGCGCCGCUGGAGAGCCUGGGGCUGGUGUGGGUGGUGGCGGUGUGCCUGGGGGCUCUGUGCCUGGUGCUGGUGCUGGUGGUGCUCUCGCUUUGGCGGCGGUUGCGGGAAGAGCUGGGUAAAGGCACCAAAGCCAUCGAGAGCACCCUGGUGUACCCCAUCGAGCUGCCCAAAGAGCCCCCCAGUCCCCGCUUCGUGCCCAGCGCCGCCUCCGAUUCGGAUGAGAAGCUCUGGGAUCCGGCUAGCUACUACUACUCGGACGGCUCGCUCAAAAUCGUACCGGGUCACGCCACUUGCCGUAACGGCGGCCCCCCCGGCACCGCUUCGCCGCCCAACGCCAUCCCCGGCCAACCCCUCCACUCGCCCACCCGCAUCCACCUGGGUCCCCUGCGCGGUUCUUCCUCCAACGGUUACAUCCGCCUGGCGCUGGGGGCCGAGGAGCGGCCGCCCUGCGCCGAUUUGGCCGAGGAAUUGCGCCGCAAGCUGCAGCAGCGUCAACCCCUGCCCGACUCCAACCCUGAGGAGUCGUCGGUCUGAGCCGUCGGCGGGGGGGGGCAGUUUCCCCCACUCCUACCUCAGGGCCCGGCCCCGGCACCCGCCGCGGGGACCCAACCGCCUCGGCACCAGCACCCGGCUUGGGGCUGCAGCGGAGGGGUCGCUGGUGUCCAUCUCGGGGACAGUGGCGCCGGCACCCGUCUCGGGGACGGGACUGCCACCCCGGUGCCGGUACCCGUCUUGGGAACUGGCACCCCGGGACCGGGUCACGCGUUUGGGGCACCGGAGCUGCUCUUGGGCAACGCCUCCGACUUCGGUACCAUGACCCGGGGCGAGGGACCCACCGCGGGGACUGGCGCCAGCCUUGGGGACCACUGAGACACACACCCCCCCUUGGCACCACCGCGUCCCCCCUCCCCUCUGGGCAUCACGUCGUGCCCCGGACAGCGGCCGCAGGAUGGGGUUUUUUUGGGACGAUUUAAGACUCGAUCGGGUUUUUCUUCCUGAGAACUUUUCUAAUGCCCCACUCACUCCCCCCCACCAGGGCUUCGUACCCCCUCAGCUCUGGUUGUAAAUACCCCCCCACACCUGCCUGCCACGCCCCUGCACGCUGCCCACCUGGGCCCCCUUUUGUAUAACACACCCCCCCCCAGUGUAAUUUAUUUGUUACUGAAAUAUAUUUAUUUGCUGUAAA